AUGUCCGACAAGCACAGUCUUCUGCAAGUGACUCCAAACCGUGAACUUACGUUCACUGGUCCAUUCACGGAUGUUGUUACCGCCCACAUGACACUCAAAAACACGUCAUCGAAUCCAGUAUGCUUCAAAGUGAAAACGACGGCUCCGAAACAGUAUUGUGUCCGUCCGAACUCUGGACUCCUUAAACAAGGAGACUCGAAGCAAAUAACAGUGAUGCUGCAACCACUUGAAGGAAUCCCAUCAGAUGCUGGACGUCACAAGUUCAUGGUUCAAUCGUGUGUUGCUCCUGCUGAAGAUCUUCAAGAUUUGGAAUCGAUUUGGAAGGUUGUCGAUCCAUCAGAGCUUACCUACAGCAAGCUGAUGGUCACUUUUGUCGACAAAAAGAAUCCAGCAUCUGGAGACGAUAGCAAGACAUUCAUCGCCAAUGGAAGCGAAGAAACAUUCUCUUCUGGACAAGCGCAAGAGCUCGGAAGUUCUUACUCUGCUAAUACUUCCCAACAAGACGGAACUGUCGCGUCGCUUCGCAAGUCGUUGAAAUCGACGAUUGAUGAGAAGGACGAGUUGCAGAAGAAAGUUAACGGAUUGGAGCAAGAGAUUGAGGUCAUGCUCAAGAAGAACCGUAAGCUGCAACAAAAUCAAGCGGAUGGUGCUGUUGUCGAGGGAACAUACCCAUCUCUGCAAGUAGUUCUGAUUGCGAUUGCCACAUUGCUCAUCGGACUCAUUCUCGGUCAUCUUUUCUAA